AUGUACAUUAAGCUUGAAUCGACUCGUUUAGAUUACUACCGGACACAACAAUCACAUAUUCGAUCUGAAUUAUACCAAGGAAUUGUUGAUAGCAUUGUAGCAGGAGAAUCUAGAGGAGAUAAAGUUGGAAAAAGGGUUGUUCUUCCUGCUUCUUUCAUAGGUUGUUCUAGGGAUAUGCGUAGACGAUACUUUGAUGCCAUGUGUUUGGUUCAGAGAUUCGAAAAACCAGACCUUUUUAUUACAAUGACUUGUAAUCCUGAUUGGAAAGAAAUUCGCGACGAACUGAAAUUUGGGCAGUUACCACAAGAUAGACCAGAUUUAACAGCUAGAGUGUUCAGAGCAAAGCUAUAUGAUGUGAACCAACAAUUAUUUAAAAGAUCGAUAUUUGGAAAAGUGGCAGCGCAUAUUCAUGUGAUUGAGUUUCAAAAAAGAGGUUUGCCACACGCACACAUAUUGCUCAUAUUUCAAUCUGAAUUCAAAAUUACAAAUGCAGAACAAUACGACAAAUUGGUCUGUGCAGAAAUUCCUUCUAAGAAUGAAAAUCCAUCACUUUAUCGGAAAGUAGUGAAACAUAUGAUUCAUGGUCCUUGCGGAGAUCUCAACAAAAAGAAUGCAUGCAUGAAGGAUGGGAAAUGUAAAAAUCUUUAUCCACGUAAAUUUGUCAAACAUACGAUUCAAGGUAAAGAUUCAUACCCUAUAUACAGAAGAAGAAAAAACGGCCAAAUAAUCUUUGUGCGUAAUGCAAUGUUAGAUAACAGAUGGGUUGUUCCUUAUAAUCCAUAUCUUUUAGAGAAAUAUGACUGCCAUAUAAAUGUCGAGAUAUGCUCGGGAAUAACAGCAGUAAAAUAUCUCUAUAAAUAUAUAUACAAGGGACAUGAUCGUGUUGCGAUUCACAUCUCAAAUGUUGAUGGAGGGAAUUUCGUAGAUGAAAUAAAAGAAUAUCAGGAUGCACGAUGGGUAUCACCACAAGAAGCAAUGUGGAGACUUUAUGAGUUUAACUUAAAUGAGAUGUAUCCUUCGGUUACCAACCUCCAAUUACACCUUCCAAAUAAACACAUAUUUUGGUAUUGGGAGAACAAAAACCUAGAAUAUAUCGUUCGUUCUGAAGAUAUAUCACGCACAAUGUUGACAGAAUUCUUUCAUUUAAACUCCAUAUCUGAAAUAAGUAGAGACUAUUUGUAUAGGGAGAUUCCGGAGCAUUAUGUUUGGAACAAGCAAAAUAAAUGUUGGAGUCCCAGACACCACAAGGCGGUAAUAGGACGAGUUAAUGCCGCCAACCCUUCCGAAGGAGAAAGGUAUUAUUUAAGAUUAUUGUUAAACCACGUGCGUGGACCAACAUCAUAUAAAGAUUUAUUAUAUGUUAAUGGUCUCCAAUGUGUAACAUUUAAAGAGUCGGCAGAAAGAAGAGGUCUACUUGAAAGCGAUAAUAGCAUUGUUGAGUGCCUCAACGAUGCUAUGUGCUUCCAAAUACCAAUGGCUCUUCGAAGGCUUUUUGCAACUUUAAUAGUUUUUUGUGACCCAAGUAAUGUUAGAAAACUUUGGGAUGACUAUUUUGAAGCUAUGUCAGAAGAUUUUUUACCCGACCCCAAUUCUUUACCUGACUACCAACUCAUGGAAACACUUAAGAGCAUAGAAAACUAUUUAAUAAGCAUGGGCCGAAGUAUAAAUGAUUACGAUUUGCCAAAUAUUGAUUAUGCGAAUGAUUCCAACAGUUAUGAUUCCUCUAGAGAGAUCACCAAUGAAAUGGCUAUUGUUACUCCAUCUGACGAUUACAAUGCAAUAGUAAAUCUUAACAAUGAGCAAGAAAAUGCAUAUAAAACUAUACUUGAAUGCAUAAUCUCAAAUCAACCAAACAUCUUCUUCAUUGAUGGGCCAAGGGGUACAGGAAAAACGUAUUUGUAUCGUGCAUUACUUGCGAAGGUUAGAUCUGAACAUGGAAUUGCACUUGCAACUGCAACUUCUGGAGUGGCUUCUUCAUUAUUACCAGGUGGUAGGAUUGCACAUUCAAGAUUUAAGAUUCCUAUCAUAGCUGACGAGUCAACUACUUGUAACAUUUCAAAGCAAAGUUCAACCGCGGAACUCUUACGAAAAGCCAAACUAAUUAUUUGGGAUGAAGCACCAAUGGCUAAACGUUACGCAAUAGAACCAGUUGAUAGAACUCUACAAGAUUUACUUGGCAAUAAUUUAUCUUUUGGAGGAAAAGUUGUGGUUUUUGGCGGAGAUUUCAGACAAGUGUUACCCGUACUACCACGAGCGACUAGAGCUGAAACUAUUGAAGCAAGCAACGGAGAGGAGCUGACUUUAUUAGACAACAUGAUUCAACUACCGAAAGAGAUAGUUAUAAACUCUGUAAUUGAAGAAAACUCUGAAAAUGCAUUGAUAGAUGCUAUAUUUCCGUCCCUUCAAGAAAAUUCUCACUUAACGGAAUACAUAACUAAUCGAGCAAUUUUAGCAACAAGAAAUGAUUUUGUUGAUAAAAUAAACGAUCAGCUCAUUGAACGUUUUCCGGGAGAAUCUUCAACAUACUAUAGCUUUGAUAAAGCAAAUGAUGAUGCUGAAACAAUCUUCAACAUGAGGAACCAAUGUACUUUUAACACAAUAAAUUCGUUAGAUGUUUUGCAAAGGAAUUGGACAAUAAAGGUGAUUGUACUUCGUAGAGGAAAUGUUGAAAACUACCAUAAUGACAAAGGAUCAGGCCAAAUAUUGAAAGUAAUUCUAAUGGAUGAAGAAAAAACAAAUUAUUAUUUCGAAGCAACAAUUCAAGAAAUUGAAAAUGAAAAGAAACCAUGGUACGACGCUUGUAUGGAAUGCAACAAGAAAGUCAAACUACUGAACAGUGGUAUUGUUUGUACCAAUUGCAACAUAAAGAAUGUAAAAUGCGUUCAAAGAUUUGUGAUGCGACUAAAAGUGACAGAUACAAAUGCAGAAGCAAAGAUAACAGUUUUUGAUGAUUGUCAAGGCCUCUUCGUCGCACAAGCAGUUAAAAAAGUUGGCCGAGACAAUGAUACAACAGAAGAACUUGGCACAGAACUUAGCAUUGACAAUGAUACAACAGAAGAACUUAGCACUGACAAUCAUCCAAUUGCAGAACUUCGAUCUCCCAAAAGGAUAAAACGCUCUUUCCAAAGGAAAAAUAUAAAAAUUCAGAAUAUUGAUUCAUAG